GAGUGCUUGCUUCAGUUUUUGGCUAAUGAGCAGACAGGAAGGCCCUUCCAGGUGACCUACAUACAGGCAGCGGAACAGAGGUUAAUCAUUCAGCUUGUGUACUUGGCUGUGUCGGGAUAGCUGGACGUCUCUCUUUUCCUCCCUUGCUCACUCGCUCUGGGGUGGACUCCGAUUCCCAAGCAAUAUGGCCAAGCUGGUGGAAUGCGUUCCCAACUUCUCGGAGGGACGAAAAAAAGAGGUGAUAGAUGCCAUCGCUGACGCCAUCUCCAGGACAGACGGGUGUAGUUUGCUGGAUGUGGAUCCCGGGGUAUCCACUAACCGCACCGUCUACACCUUUGUGGGCUCGCCGCAGGCCGUAGUGGAGGGAGCGCUUAGCGCUGCCCGUGCCGCAUUCAACCUCAUCGACAUGACCACACACUCCGGGGAGCACCCACGGAUGGGUGCCUUGGAUGUGUGCCCCUUUAUCCCUGUCCAGAACGUGACCAUGGAUGAAUGUGUAACCUGUGCCAACCUCUUCGCUGAGAGAUUGGCUGACAUUCUGAAUGUGCCAGUGUAUCUGUACGGUGAGGCGGCUCGUACAGAGGAGAGGAGGUCCCUGCCUUCUGUGCGAGCAGGAGAGUAUGAGGCUCUGGCAGAGAAGCUGAAAAAGCCAGAAUGGGCCCCUGAUUAUGGCCCCUCCGUGUUUGUGCCCUCCUGGGGGGCCACAGUGGCCGGUGCGCGUAAGUUCCUCAUCGCGUACAACAUCAACCUCCUGAGCACCAAGGAGCAGGCUCACCGGAUCGCCCUGGACAUACGAGAGCAGGGCAGAGGCAAGGGCCAGCCAGGACUGCUAAAAAAGGUACAGGGAAUGGGCUGGUACCUGGAGGAGGCAAAUCUGGCCCAGGUCUCCACCAACAUUCUGGACUUUGAGCUGACGUCCAUCCAUACCGUCUAUGAAGAGGUCUGCAGGGACGCCAAGGACUUGAACCUGCCAGUGGUGGGAUCCCAAAUUGUGGGCCUGGUCCCACUGAAAGCCAUGCUGGACUGUGCAGAUUUCUACAUCCAGAGGGACCAGCUAUUUGUGUUGGAAGAGGAACACAAAGUGCGGCUGGUGAUCAGCAAACUAGGAUUAGAUUCCCUUGGACCAUUCAUUCCUAAGGAGAGAAUAAUUGAGUACAUGGUGGAGGACAGCUCAAAGGAGGACAGGCAGCUGGUCUCCUUGUCAGUACAGCAGUUUGUCCGCAGUGUCGGGGCCAGGACGCCCGCACCAGGAGGUGGAUCAGUCUCAGCCUUGAUUGCUGCAAUGGGGGCAGCACUGGGGUGUAUGGUUGGACAGAUGACCUAUGGGAAGAAGCAGUUUGAGAGCCUGGACAGUGUCAUGAGGAGGCUCAUCCCACCCUUUCACCAGGCCAUUAGCGAGCUGCUGCAGAUGGUGGACGCUGACUCCAAUGCCUUCAGCCACUACAUGGCCGCCCUCAAAAUGCCAAAGAACUCAACGGAUGAGAUAACGAGGAGGGAGGCAGCUAUGGAGGAAGGUCUGAUGAAAGCAGUGGGUGUGCCACUGUCUCUGGCAGAGAAAGUAAACCUGCUGUGGCCUAGUCUGAAAGAGAUGAUGGUCUAUGGAAACGUUGCCUGCAAGUCUGACAUCCAGGUGGCAGCUAAGGCCCUGGAAACAGCAGUGUUCGGGGCUUACUACAAUGUUCUGAUCAACCUGAAAGACAUCACUGAUGAAUCUUUCAAAACAACUACUCAGCAGAGGGCCUCUGCUCUGCUGCUGGAGGCCAGAGAAAGCGCAGCAGCAGUGCUGGAGGUUGCUGAGAAGUGAUGCCUGGGUAAAGGAGUACCCACAGUCCAGGCUUCACACGGGGCCUACAGAAACAAAAUAAAUCUCUCAUGCCAGUAGUGCAGUCUCAUUGAUUCAUUCAGAAAAUCAUACACGCUCAUUACUCACAUGUAGAAUUCAGAAGCCAUGAGACGGCACCAAUAAGAUUUUUUAAAUUUGCCUAAAAUAUUAAAUGGCACAACUGUUGUAGAGCCGUUUUUUGACAGUCUUUGAGGCCAAAUUAAUUUGUUGAGCUCAUAGUUGCAAUAGUCAAGUCAUAUUUAUUUAUAAAGCACAUUUAAAAUGGCUGUACAAUUUCUGAGCCAUUCCCCAGCCUUGUAUGCACCACACCUGGAACAAUGGAAUGCUGUUCCAUUGUUAUUUAAGAAUGUUCAGCUUCACGGCAGGAAACCUGGGUCCUGUUCCCAGGUCUCUCAGGGAGAAUGCAGUGUAAUUGAGAAAUACAUAUCACUAACAGCCAUGCGUUAGGUCAGGACGGGCUCCUUCAGAAGACUACACAUUACAAAUGUGUCCUUGUUUCUAGUUUAUAGUCUUUAAGAAAACUCUUUCCUGGCUUCCUUUUAACUCACUCUGAUGACCUGCAUUGUUUUACUAAUUUAUUGUUUUUCGUUCCUCCAUUUUUUAAAUUUGCUUCUAUUGCUCCUGUUGUUUUUUACUCCCAGUUUGGAUCAGUCAGAGGAAAAUGCACUUGCUUUAGCAUAACCCAUGCUAAAGCACUUGUCUUUUGUACCUGUUUAUUUAUUUAUUUAUUUAUAUUUAAUUGAUUCCUUUGACUUGAAUAUAGCUCCGCUAAGGGGGAAUUUAAGUGUUGGAUUCACUGACCAUAACACAGUUCCCCAUUUCCCAUUGAUGAAACUGCUCUGAGAAGGGUCUGUGGACAGCUCUCUGGUUCUACAGGGCUACAUUGUCUGUACAGAAUUUUGAUUAGUCCGUUUUUUAAGCGAAGAACUUAGUUUUGCCUUGUUGUUAUUGCUGCUUUGCUUUCAGGAUGUAGAUGAUUGAUUGCUUUUUCCCUGGCUGCAAACCACAUUUCCCUUUGUGGAACAAUAAAGUAAAGUGGGAUAAUGGUUUUAUAUCUUAUUUUAUAUUAUUCAGUGAUUGCCAUAAUAUUUAUUUUUCUUCUUAAUUUUACUUCUAUUGUUCUCCUAUAGUGAUAAAAUGCAAUCCCAUUCGAAGGUGAGCUAGACAGUUUCGAUCAGGUCACCCUUUCUUCAUUCCACCCCUUUCAAGAAGAUGUUUGGCUGCUGUGUAACAAGAAUUAGUCCCAGACCACGCCUCUGUGUAGGUGGAUAGGCAGCAGGGUUAUAAAUCACUCCGAGGCAUUUCCGAGGGCACAGCUGAAAGCCUACUGUACACCUCUUAACUGCCUGAUCUCUAUUUUAUGUUCCAGAAUGUUUGGCAGCUGUUCAGGAAGCACACAUCCCUCAGGGUAUGAUGUGUAUGAUGACCAGCAAAAGAAGGAUGGUAAACAUCAGCCACGCCCUUCCCAUGGUGGUGAUCAUGAUCACCAACAUGAUUCUGACCACGGUCAUGACCAGCAGCAGAAGAAAGAUCAUUGCGAUGACCGUCGCCGCAGCCCAAAACGUUCUCCUGACCGUCGCCGCAGCCCAAAACGUUCUCCUGACCGUUGUCACAGCCCAAAACGUUCUCCUGACCGUUGUCACAGCCCAAAAGGUUCUCCUGGCCGUCGUCACAGCCCAAAACGUUCUCCUGACCGUUGUCACAGCCCAAAAGGUUCUCCUGGCCAUCGUCACAGCCCAAAACGUUCUCCUGACCGUUGUCACAGCCCAAAAGGUUCUCCUGGCCGUCGUCACAGCCCAAAACGUUCUCCUGACCGUUGUCACAGCAGUAGUGAUGAUGAGCAUGGCAGAAAGGGUCAUAAAAAACAUGGUCAUGGGCACCGCCAUGGGCACAGGCACGGGCACGACCAUGGGCACGGGCACGACCAUGGGCACGGGCACGGGCACGACCAUGACCAUGGGCACGGGCAGGGGCAUGGUCACAGACACAAGAAGCACCGUCAACAUUGUGGACAUGGAGAGGGCUCUUGCAGCAGUAGCAGUAGUGAUUGUGACUAGAGCGACAGUGACCUCUACAGGACCGAGAGGGUACUGCUCCUCCCAAGGAUCAACAAUAUUCAACAACUAAUUUCCUUGUUUAAAUUUUUAUGAAAGGUCAUUUGGCAUUCUAGACCCUGGCUAUAAAGUUUUCAACAGCCUAUAAUUUAGCAUGUUCAAAAUGUGAAAUUUCUUACAUUUUACAAUUGCAUAAUCUUCUUUUUCUGUACUUGCAUGAAUGUAUUCUACCCUGGAAAACAUUUGUAUAUUUGAAACAGAAAACAAAGUAUCAUAUUACAUGACUAAUAUAAUGGUAUGUGUUACUACAAUAUGUACAACGCAGAAAAUUACUUCCAAAUUAAAUACAUAAUUAUUAAUGUGAAUAAUUCAUCUGAAUUCCUGGAUUCAAAAGCCAUUCUUCUUUACUUAAUACAAAUCGCAGAAGAAAUACAACGACAUGGAUAUGUCCAGGAAGUACAAAAUGAUAAUGAGGCAAUAACAUUUUUACAUGUCAUUUGGCAAAUCAUUUUACAUUUUAAAUAUAUCUGCUCACUAAAACCGGGCUUUUAAAAUCUUAACAUCAGUGAGAGUCUGUCCCGAUUUUCUUGUCGUUCCAUCGUAAUGAUGCGCACAUUUAACGAUUUGGCAACGACGGGCGAUCACACACUACACGACUUUUUUGUUAUCGGAAUUCUGAACACAGUAGAAACGCUCGUUGCCAUAGAGACCACGGGUAUGGGACAAUCCCAAACGGAGAUGAUGGAACUUGAUAGCCCACAACAGCUGCUCUUGUUUGUGCUGUGAAGUCAAACAGAAGGGGAAACAAAUAAUUUUGGUGAGGCAAUGGUUGAGCAGACGCAGGCAACAUGGGUUGUCUGUUCUGCAGCGACAGUUGUUGGUGAGAAUAUUUACAGUCAUAGUUACACAGACAGCGUAUGUAGGUCUUUGGCAUAGGCGCUUUGGCAUAAAUGUUCACCUAGCACACACUUAUGUCCGAAGAAAUCAAUGGUCAUCCAAUCUUUUCAGUCUUUUUUAACAUUUACAAAACUUACACUUUAAACAGUAGGCUAGUUACCUUGGAUGUGUGUUCAUUACUUAAACAAUGAAAUCUAUUUCAAAAUGCAAGGGAUCUAUUCCUACAUAAAUUUCACCACAUGCAGUACCAUGUAAUUCCAAUGGAGGGAAGAAGGGUGAAACUGAUGUAGGAUUAGCUGCCAUGCAUUUUUUAAAUAUGAUAGGUGGUCUUCAUUUUUUUUUAAUAUGAAAAAUUCUACAGGUCUUGUAGCGUCUGUUAAGAUAGACGUCAUCAUGAACACCAGUACGUGCCAAGAUAUUUAAAUAACAAAAGAAUGCACCCCACCACCCUUCCAAUGAGCUUACAAGAUUUCCAUUUCAUAAAAAAAAAUUUUACUUUUGAAUUUGAUUCAAUUAUGAUUAUCUGCUUAUAUAAGUACACAUAUCAUAUAAUUAAAUAAUACGUGUUUAUAGACAAGUUUAUAGGAUUUAAGGCAUUUUUAAUCAUGAAAAAACUGGUUUAAGUUUUUUUAACCUGAUCGGUGUAUAUAGCACAGCAUAUUUUAUGUACAUUUAAUUUUCACACACCAGUUUUAAAUGUGUUUGCCAUCGAGUGCCCUCGAUGGCAAACACAUUUAAAAUCCAACCCCCAGCACACAGUGGCAGUACAAAUCUAGAUUUUCAAUCCUGACGAUGGCUACAUGCCAAAUUAAUUUACGUCAGCAUGGGUACACCAGGCAGUCUCCAAUAUGGGCACUUUGCCCACUCAGACUUCAGAAGCACUGGACAAACAGGGAUAUAAUGGUGGUAGUAGGCUUGUAUGUUCAGAUUCCAGGGCCUGAAAAUUCAUUACAUUCUUUACUCUGAUCUUCAAUGCUGGGUCUCUUAUAAGCCUUAAUUCUGUAGCCACCUGAUGUCCAAAUAUACUAUCUGUCACUGGCAGCUUGGAGAGUAGCAGACCUUUAAAAUAAAAAGGUUUCUGGAGCUCAAGGUCAUCUGAAUUAUUAUGAUGAUUGCGCCUCUUGUUGGGCCUUUGUGGAGUUGGGGCAGGAGGAGGAUUUCCAGUAGGGUGAAAGUGGGAGCAGAGGACAUUUCAAAUGUCUCUGACAUAUCAUCACUGGAUUCAUCAUGCCUUGUGUCAUCCAACAGCUGUCUAUCAAGGCUAUUAUCAAUAUGGCAUUUUUUCACAUCAGUAAUAUCACUAAAAUUCAACCUAUUCUUUCACUGCUUGAUGCUGAAACCUUAAUACAUGCAUUUGUAUCUUCUAGGCUUGAUUAUUGUAAUGCCCUUUACUCUGGUCUUCCUAGUUAAUUAGAAGUCUUCAGCUUGUUCAGAAUACUGCAGCUAGAAUAGACAAAAACAAAAGCAAUUGAACUUAUAACAUCCAUUCUGGCUUCUCUUCACUACCAGUACAAGCUAGAGCUGAUUUUAAGGUCCGUCUUUGAACUUAUAAGGCCUUGAAUGGUCUUGCAGCACACUACCUAUCUGAGCUGAUUACACCAUAUACGUCCUCUUCGCUUUCUCGAUGCAGGCCUUUAGUAAAGAAAAAAAUCUGUUGGUCACUGAGCAUUUGUCUACCGUGCACCUUAUCUCUGGAAUGGCCUUCCAUUAGAAGCACGUUUAGUUGAAACAUUUAAAUCAAGACUAAAAACAUACUUGUACUCACUUCAUUACAGCCUACCCUAGAACUGCAUCCCUAUAACACUGGUGGCAGGUAGGGCUAGUAGGGCUGUAUUGCAUUUUGGUGUUUUAAACACUGUUUAAAUAUUGUGUUUUAAAUAUUGUGUUUUAAUACCAUUGCGUCUUUGUGUUGUAAAUAUUGUUUUAAAUACUGUAUUUUUAAUACUAUUAUAAAUUGGGCUGUGUUUUAAAUACAAAAAUUUUGAUUUGAUCUUUUAAAUUGUUAUUGAAUUACAUUUAUUUUCCUUUCUUCCUUUUUUCUUUAAUGCAUCUUUUUUCUGCAUUAUUUGUAAAGUGUAUUGGGACCAUGUCGCAUGGUGAGUCUGCACUUUAAAUAAAAUUGAUUGAUUGAU